AUGAGGGGGCCAGGUCUUGACACGAUCCACUCUGCCCUCCGCUUGACGGCGUUCGACCUCCCUGUUGACGAUAGUGAUCUCGCACGAGCUUGUCUCCUCGGCGCUGAAGUGCUUGGAAUACAGGACCCUAUAGACGAAAUGCAGCUCGGACACUUGCGAGCCCCCGACCAACCCUCAGCAGCGAGGAGGCGGCUCGCGUCUCGCCCCUCCUCUGGUUUGUGGACGGAUCCGCCCCCGCCGUCUGGAGCCAAAUCGGCUCCAGUGACGCCUAGAAAGUCGCCUCUGAGGAGCGUUCCGAGCCCUCCACGGCGGGAGGCGUCGACGGCUGAGAAGGAGAAGGCUGAGGAGAUAGCGAGGGUCGUGACCCCGCCUCCGCAAGCACAGACAACGCCUCGUCGGUCCUCUGGCCCACGCAAAGCGCGGCCCUCGUACCCGCCCCAGUCACCUUCUCAGCGCGCGCGGUCUACGUCCGUCUCCAUCUCCCCUCCGCGGACUCUGUCGCCCGCCCAGUCUCUACCUCCUCCCCGGGCACCUUCACCACGGCCAAAAUCAACGUCGCCCACACCUUCACCAGCAUUCACAUCGAUUCUUGACCGCCCCCACCCCCGAUCCCAGCAACGCCCAAGGAGCGUGUCUCCUCCCAGCAGCAUCCUCGUUACACCGACCGAAACCACGUUCAUUCUCCCCACACAGGUCGCGCCCAUCCCGUUCCCUGUACCAAAGCCCACACCCCCAACAUCUCCCACAAGUGUCUCCUUUGCGGACCAGCAAAGCCAGCCCCGGACACCUACCAAGCCUCCCUCGAAGACAGACGAGAGCCAACGAACCCCGACACAGAAGAGUGUGACGCAACUGAAGCAGAAGCAGCAAAAGCAGCGCCCAGUCACUCUCCACUCGAUCCAGUACCACGACCUAGCGGACCUUGCCCGUCUAUCUCUCGACGAGCCCACAGAACCCUCAGAGAUGAAGCCUCCACCCCUCCUCAAACUCGCGACACAGGGCAAGCGCCCAGUGUACGGCAGCGCGAACGCGCAGUUCAGUGCCCUCGUGCUCGUCAAGUCGAACACGCCGAGCAUCUACGGCUGUGCGGCGGGGAGCGCGAGCUGCUCCUCCCUCGUCUCGCAUAGCGCCUCGAUUCACCACGCCUCCAUCUCCUCAAGGGGACAUGGACAUAUGCGGACACAGUCCCACGGCGCGCCGCGCACCCCCACCUCUCCGCGAACACCACGCACACCGCAUACACCGGGACACGCGCCGGCGAACGCUCCAGGGACAGCGUUCCCGGGCGAAGUAUGCGAAGUACCCAGCAUCAGCGUGACGGCGCCGACGCCGAGUUCUCCCCGGUUCUCGUUCAGCUCGCUCUUCCCGCCCAAGGCGCCCAAGAGCCCGCUGUCUCCCCAGAAACGGCCACAGAGGCAGCGCAGAGUCAGCGCCGAGGCGAGUCAGUGGGCGUGGGGGGCCAAGCGGGGUUCGAGGCAGAGUUCGGCGCAGGGCGGACCGGAGAGUGGCUGA